GGCACCCAGUGAUCCUGGCCAGACUAACACCCGGGAAGGUAUAAAAGCCCUUCAGGACCAGGUGGUCUCAAACCACAGCUGACAGCCCGGCCCAAACUCAGUCCUUUCGACUCCUUUGUCCUCUUCAGAAGCUGCCAUGGGGCUCAGUGAUGGGGAGUGGCAGCAGGUGCUGAAUGUUUGGGGGAAGGUGGAGACUGACCUUGCUGGCCAUGGACAGGAAGUCCUCAUCAGGCUGUUUAAGAACCACCCCGAGACCCUGGAGAAGUUUGACAAGUUCAAGAGCCUGAAGUCAGAAGAUGAGAUGAAAGCCUCAGAGGACCUAAAGAAGCAUGGCAGCACCGUGCUCACAGCCCUGGGGGUCAUCCUGAAGAAGAAGGGACAGCAUGCCGCCGAGAUCCAGCCUCUGGCCCAGUCACAUGCCACCAAGCACAAGAUCCCGGUCAAGUACCUGGAGUUUAUCUCAGAAAGCAUCAUUGAGGUCCUGAAGAGCAGACACUCUGGGGACUUUGGAGCAGAUGCUCAAGGCGCCAUGAGCAAGGCCCUGGAGCUGUUCCGGAACGACAUUGCCGCCAAGUACAAGGAGCUGGGCUUCCAGGGCUAAGCCCCCGCCCCCACUGCCCGGCACACAAAGCUGGGGCCCAGUGUCACGUAGCAAGUAGAGAGUGCAGUGCCCUAAGUUAGCAGAGAACAGAAGAGGGGAACGCAGCCAUCUAACCCACACUCCUGGGGACAGGGCUCCAGGGACAGGGACCCAGACGUGCAAAGAGACCUCUGCUUCCUCAGGUCUUUUGGGUCAUGCUCGGUUCUCCUGUCACCUAAGACCCAACCACGACCCACUUCUUCCUGGUUUCUGGAAAAAUCCCUCUUCCCACUGUCACAUUUAAUCCCAAAUCCAAGUCACCGACCCUGACCUUUGAGGUAGAGUGUUGCUCAGCGGGCAUAGAGAGUGGAAAGGAGGCCGUGGGCAUCUGGACAUCUGCUGCUCAAGUUCCCACUGACCCACCUUGUUUCAAUAAAGUACCCUGAAACCCCUCA